GCGUGCGUGCCCGUGUAUAUGUUUGCUCGCUCGCGCGCUAACGCUUCUGCCUGUUUGUCAGCGAGUGGCUGCCGCGCGUGGGAUAGCCACAGAGGCAGAUCAGCCCUUUUAACUUUGGGCCAAGAACUCAACGUGCUAACCGGCCUGCCCCUGCGGCUACACUCUACGGACCCGUUUUUGAAGCGCGGGAUAGCUACUACUGCGACACAACCACAAAAAAUUCUGAGGUCCGCCCUCGACUCACGAGGGACACAGAUAAACUAGAGCCCUGAACUUCACGACACAUGCGCCGAUCGCGGAGCUUUUAUCAGUGAGAUUGUGGGGAAAAAAAAAACAACAGGAAGAAAACAACACGGGACGCAGAGGGAAAGACUAAAAGAUUUCAUACGAGAUUGGAAGUCUUCUACAUGCAACGAGACAUACAAGGACUGCAGAGCUUGAAGACGAUCGGCUCAUUUUAAGGAAUGGAGCAGCCAGUGGGCAGGGUUUUGUGUCUUUUCUUUUUAUUCUGUUCCAGUUUGAGGGCAGUUCAGCUUUCCAGUGCUACCAAUAAAAACACAAACAGAAAGCCACGACAAGUCCCAGAGGUAUUAAUUCACAUAGGGGCCUGGGGUCAGUGGAGUCCCUGGUCUGCCUGUACACAAAGCUGUGGAUUUGGAAUUAUGGAGCGCAAAAGAAUCUGCCAAUCUCCAGUUCUAGAGGCCUGGCAAGAACAGGCAUCCCUGCCAUACUCUCAGCAUGACACACCACAUCACAGGGAUUACGGAUCAGUUGUAUCUGCUGUACGACCUGGGUCAAAUCAGGCAUACUCCUCAGUGGAUGCCUCAUUUUUCACAAGGCACACAGACAGAAACAGGCAAACAUCGAGCCAAAGCAGGUACCCUGCAGCAGCCAGUCGCAACCCAAUAUCAGUAUACAGAUCUGAUUCUGAAACACAGGAUGCUCUUCCAAACAGACAAGAUUCAGCUUCUUUCCACCAUCAGGACCAGCUGGGAUCAAGUCAAAGAGUAGUUUCAUUGUACAGGCCGGAUUCUCACCCCGUUGGGGAUUCUGCAGCACAAUGGAGACCAAGUAUCGCUCAGGACCCAGGUCUGCCAUCACAGGGAAUUUCAGAAGCUUGGAGUUUGCCCAGAACUGAUAGCUUGACUUUCCGGGGCCAGAGGCAGCCAUCUGAACAGGGAAGACCAGGUGGUGGAUCCAGGCAUGGCAGCUCUGAGUCACACUCCUCAAGAAGAAUCUCUGCUCGUAAUUCUAUCAGGCCAGGACAGUACGGUUAUGGCAAAGUCCCAUUUUCUUUACCACUUCAUCGGGACAGAUCAGAGCAUAAAGUACGUAAAAGCAGGAAAGCUCAUCAUAGGGAUGAGAAACGUAUAAAAGUCAGCCACCACAAUUCCACCCAUGAUGAAGAAUCAAGGACCUUUAUGGAACUAGAUGAUCCUCAAAAACAUAAAUCAGAGAAGACACAACAUUCAGUUUCUUUACAUCCACAACAGCUCCUAGGAACACUUAUGAGCAUGAACACAGAAUCUAGCUCCACUGGAAAGGAAAAAGGAAAAGAAUCCACAAGGAUGGUUGAAUUACAAAGGGAUUACUGGGGAACUCAACCCUUGCAUAACUUCACAAAAGAGGAUUUCCACAAGUCUGAUGAAUCUGAGUUUGAGCAGAGGGCGAGUGUAUUAGAGAAUCUGGAUACUGGCCUCAAACUGCUGAACAGUAGAAAUCGGAGAAGCGUACAUGAAAGUCACAGUCUUCUGAAUUCAAAACAACGAAGGGCAGCUGAAUCUGAGAAAAUCAGUGACAUGCUUGCAACUGUGUCCACACUCUCUCAAAGGAGUUCAGCUGAAACUUUAUCAGAGGGAGCAGCACAAGUAUAUAAGCACACGGAAAAGCCUCCACGGGGAAGUUCUAGUAAAAGUCAACAAUUUUAUGGAGAAGUUUCUCAGUCAGAUGGACAUAUUAACCAGACUGUCUACAGUGCACCUGCUUAUUCUUCUCAGUCUCGCCAACAGCAUGUCCUGAACAGUGCAGACACUAAGCAGUAUUCCCGCAGCUUGUCCAGGACUCAUCAAGACCCAUCUUAUGACCAUCUUAGAAGUUCAGGUCGAUUUCAUGUUCAGUCAGCUGCACCAAUUUCUCAUUUGUCAAGAUCCAGAACACAGAGGCAAUGGGAUAGAACAUAUAUAGACCCCAGUGUUCAACCCCAGCAAGGUGCUCCUCGCUUCCCAAAACCAGACAAUCUUCAGCAUAGUCCAAAUAUUUUAAAUCUGCAUUCUCGGGACUCUGCUCCUUUAAUGAAUUUCAACAGAGAAGGAGAGGUGGCUACAAAUGCAGAUGCAAUCUCAACAACCAACUGGAAUCUGUACAGUCCCAGAUCUGUUAGCUACACCUGUGAUGGGAAACAAAAGGAAUAUAAGUCAUGCCACUUGGAGCCAUGUCCUGGUGGACCUGUGGAUCCUAGAAAAGCACAGUGUUCAGCUUACAAUGAACAGGAGUACAUAGGCCGCAAGUAUGAUUGGGAGCCAUUCACUGAGGUGGGAAAGCACGAGCGCUGUGAAUUGAACUGUCGGCCUAUAGGGUACAAGUUUUAUGUACGCCAUGCUGUGAUGGUCCAAGAUGGCACCCCUUGUCAAAGCAAUUCAUCUGAGAUUUGUGUUGCAGGAGAAUGCCUGAGCCCUGGCUGUGAUGGAGUCCUGGGCUCCAAUCGUGUUGUGGACAGCUGCGGUGUUUGUGGAGGUGAUAGCACUACUUGUCAACGUGUUGGUGGAACCUUCCAGAACUCUAGCAUACCCAUCGGCUACUUUCGCUUUCUGGAGAUUCCUCCUGGUGCAACCCAUAUUAACAUCACAGAAAGAGAGCAGAGCCCCAACUACCUUGCUCUUCGCACUGCUAGUGGACACUCAGUGAUCAAUGGCCGGUGGGCGGUGGAUCCCCCUGGCCGAUAUGAAGCUGCAGGGACUGUUUUUGAAUACCGCAGACCAAAUGAAUUGGGAAGCAAUGCAGGAGAAACCUUGAUGGCAACCGGGCCCACCACAGCCAUGUUGCAUGUCUAUAUAAUAUUUCAUAAGAAGAAUCCAGGGGUAGAUUAUGAAUUUUACCUGCCAGUGGAAAAGAAAGCAAUGGCCCCGGUCCAGCAUCUGUUCAUCCCUCGGCAGCAAUUUACUCCAGCCCUUACAGGUUCCCUGUCCCAAGCAUCUCAACAGGGGCCACAGGAGCCUCCUUUAGCUGUUCCCCCUGCACGGGAUCCUAUACUGGUGCCAUCAGGAGGAGGUUACAGAGGGGAAGCACCAUCUCGUGGCACAGGACCUCAAAGAAAUGUACGCAUUCCGCCACGGACCGACGUGCCAUUAGACAGCCCCCCGGAUUACCAGUGGAUAAAAGCUGGUCUCACCGACUGUACUGCCUCCUGUGGGAAAGGUUUCCAGUACCCUGUGUAUCGCUGUAUUGAUCGCAAGACCCAGGAGAAGGUGCCUGAGAGGAGAUGUGAUCCAGCAGCAAAGCCUACCCCUACUGAAGAGUUCUGUAAUGUGCAGCCCUGUCCAGCUUUCUGGGAAGUUGGUGAGUGGUCAGACUGUAGUAAAACCUGUGGCCCCGGGAUCCAGCAUCGUCAAGUGCACUGCCGACAGGUCUAUGCCAAUAGGAGCAGCAUGGUUCACCCACAGCUAUGUGCCACCCUUCAGAAGCCCAACAACACUCAGCACUGUCACUUGCGCAUCUGUAGCCACUGGGAGAUUGGUACCGACUGGAGUGCAUGUUCCGUGAUGUGUGGUGUAGGUGAACGGACCAGGAUUGUACGUUGCAUUAGUAAUCAAGGCUCUGUUGUGAAUGACAGAGAGUGUAAUGCUGAACUGCGACCAAUCUCCAGUGAGACUUGUGACAUGGGGCACUGCGUGCGUAGCUGGUUUUUCAGUGACUGGAACAAAAUGUGCUCUGCAGAGUGUGGAACAGGAGUCCAGCGGCGAUCAGUAGUUUGUCUGUCAAACUACCCCAAAGGCCAAUCAGAUCAAGGAUGUAGUGGCACAAGGCCUCCUGAUCUACGGGCUUGCAAUGAAGGACCAUGUGAGCCCACCACCCGCUGGUUCACUGGACCCUGGAGUGAGUGUAAUGUGGAGUGUGGAAAUGGAACACAGCGCCGUGACCUCAUCUGUGUCAAAAAACUGGGCACAGAUUUCAACUUAACAGACCCUCCAGAGUGUGCUCAUCUUGAAAAGCCAUCCCAAAUACAGACCUGCAGCCCAGGGCCUUGCAGAGAAAAGUGGUACACAACCCAGUGGAGUGCGUGCUCUAGGUCAUGCAUGGGUGGUGUCCAGAUGAGGGAGGUGCGUUGUCUGACAGAACAAAACACCCUGAGUGAGCAGUGUGACGCCUCUGUGAAGCCAGUGGAAAAACAGUCCUGCAAUACUCAGCCAUGCACACUGGAAAUAGAUGAGAACUGCCGAGAUAAACACCCCAACUGCCCCGUUGUGGUCCAGGCUCGCCUUUGUGUCUACGCCUACUACAAGAAUGUGUGCUGUGCUUCCUGCGCCAGAGCAGCAGAACGGGCAAAGCGACACCAGUGAUGCACACUUUGACAAUGCCUUCUUGCCCUUCUGCCUCAAGAUGUAGAGUAAUAUAUUUAAAAAAGGUUAAUUUUUUGAAGGAUUUAAGGACAGAUUUCAUAAAGGUCUACUCCAGUUCAGAGUUUACAUUAAAGACAAACUGGAAAUGUUCAAGCUCAGCUGAAAUAAAUCUACCAGCAGUUAAUCCAAACAGAGUAACACACUGGAUUAUUUAUUUGAAGAAUGAUAGUGUUAAUAUAAACUUUGUACUGGAGGAUGUUCUAAGCAAAUCUGUUUUGAUGUGUACAUAAGAUGGCAAAUGUUGCUUGUUAUACAGGCUUGUAAACCAAAUAAUUUCAAUUGCUGGCAUUUCCCUUUCUCACUUUUGACAUUUAUGUUCCAUGUUUUUGUUAAAUAGCAGGAUUAAAUGGGAAAUAUUUAGUCACUACAGGCAAAGGAAAUACAGAUCAUGGGUCAAACAGAAUCAAGUUGCUGGGGUUGGUGAUGGCCACACACCCAGUGAAGUAUAUUUUUCUAUGGUUGGUGGCUACAAGAAACAAGCUAUAACUGUGUCCUCUGUCAAAUAUUCAGACUAGUGCAAAUGAGCAGACAUUGGCAGGACUCAGAUGGUGCAGUGCAGGUGGACUUUAUAAAAUCAACUGUAUUGGCUAUAGUUUAUGUAGACAAUGCCAUGUUCUUCAGAAUAAAUCUAAGUUUGCCUAUAUUCUGACAUUUCUGGGAGGGUGAAGAUGGAAUAGACUUCAGGACCAUCUUGUCUUGCACAAAGAGCAUGAAGACCAGGACAAACUUGGACAUAAUGCUGUGAAACAUGACCAGAAUGCCAUGGUCUUUUAGCAGAAGCAUGGUAUUAUUUAUCAUCAUUGUGCUCUUCUUAAAGCUAGCAGACCAGAGCACUCCAAGUGGCAAAGAUGUCUGUACUUACCAAAUAACUGUGCCUUCUUUAAAGCCACUUUCACCUUUUAUUUAUGAGGUUUUAUACACAAUCAGGAAUUUGAGGUGAUUACUUUAUGACUAAAUACCUGGACUAAAAAAUGGCAAGAGGAAAAGCAUUAUACAAUGGCACGUGAGUGCCCCAUGGGUAAGUGCAUGAGGGAGGUACAAUAGGAUUUGGGUUCUUCAUGGCAGAUCACAUUACUCUUAAUUUGUACCCAUAAAAUUCUGUCACUUUUAUAAUAUUCAAUUGGUGACAUACCCAGUGUAAAAAUCCACUCGAUGGUAAUGACACAAUCCCAUUCUCCCAGACCACCCAAUAUAACUUACAGCCUUGCACUCAGAGGACAGCAUUGUAAGGGAGUAAAACUCACAUUUUUGAGCUGUCUUUGUCGCUGGGAGGGCAUCUUUUCAAGGAUCUGUAGUUGAAUAGAGAGUCCAAAGAAAUCGUGCAAGUUGGUGUUUGCAUACACAGCUCCCUGUUGACUACCAAAAAUACAUUCUAAGAAAGAAGUAUGAACACAACCACCAGUUCAGAAUUCACAUUAACAAAAAAGAAAUAUUUUAAAAGAAACAUAUGCUGGAGCUGUUUUCAGGUUGUUUCAGCAGUAGUGUUAGGGUUUAUUUGAACUUUUCUCCAUUUUGAGGAUCUUUCCUUUCUUCUCCUUAGUCAAGGAUUGACUAAUGGAUCUCAUUACUGUAGGGUUCAUUCCAUUACAAGCGACGCAGUGCUUUUCCCACACAGAAUUGAUGAUUUUUGUCAUAUUUUGUAUGCCAACCUCUCCACAGCAACCACCACCAGCACAUCAUUUUCAACCUCUGAUUUAUAGUGUGGUAAUCCACGCACCUCUAUGGAUUUUCAAGAGAUAUACAAAGUGCCUUAACUUUAAUAAAAUGGAAUGAGUGUUGUAACUACUCAGAUAUCUCUAGCUCUCUAGGUGUUUGUGAGUGCAUCUCGUGUUCAUUCCAACAUUCGCUAAUAGUUGAAGCAGGGUCUCUACCAUGAUAAGAGUCCCAAAGCUGCAGGACGAUGUGGAAAGGCAGAAUGACCAAAUAAUCACAGUGCUUGUCAAAAAGACAAUAAGCAGAAGCCAUACUAUAAGAAGGCCACUCAAAGCUGAUAUAAACAUCAUUGUUUAAGGGGUAACACAAGCUUUUCCUUGUCAGUAUUGUUGUCUACGUGUUAUACAAUUUAGAACUUUUUUAUAUACAAAGUGACUUAGUUUCCUUGUUUUGUGUUUUAAGCUUGGUCUGAAAAUGUGUCUUUUUAAUGGUCAAAGCAAAACGCAUUUAUUUUAUGUACAACUAAUUUAUUUUUCAAGAAAACCCUAUAGAGAUAUAUACUGAAUAAAGAGUACUUUCUAUGUUUAAAAACUGCAAUGUUAAUAAAAGCCAGUGAGUGCCAGUGUGCCUUUUGUUAUCAA